AUUUAGUGGUUUUUGGUCUAACGUAAUUCUUUUUUUAAACUUUCAAUAUUAUGAUUUUUUAUAUGGGUAAAUUAUGCGUCUAUUGCCAUAACUGAACACGUGGUUCGUGCUGUUUAAAUAAAGUUUUGUUUCUUUCAGAUGACCGAAAAGAUGGCUUCCUCUUUACUGAAGGUUGCAGUUACAGGUUUCUCGAGGUGUGCGUGGCACACUUUACCCUCAGUGAGGGCAGUGUCUCUGACUGUACCGGUGGGUCAAGGUGUCCCUCAGUCAUUGUGGAAGUUAGGCAGACUGAAUCAUGUGGCCAUCGCAGUGCCAGACCUGGAGAAAGCCACAGCGCUGUACCGUGAUGUGCUGGGGGCUCGAGUGAGCUCCACUGUGCCUCUCCCUGAGCACGGGGUGUACACUGUGUUUGUGGAACUGGGGAACACAAAAUUAGAGCUUCUGCACCCUCUGGGAGAGGAAAGUCCUAUUGCAGGAUUCCUGCAGAAGAACAAAGCUGGAGGGAUGCAUCAUAUCUGUAUCGAGGUGGAUGAUAUCAAUGCUGCAAUAGUUGAUCUGAAGGAAAAGAAAAUCCGACUGCUCUCCCCAGAGCCACGGAUAGGAGCUCAUGGCAAACCUGUGAUGUUCCUCCACCCGAAAGACUGUGAUGGGGUUCUUGUGGAGAUAGAACAAGCCUAGCUAUCACACAUCAGAUUGUUGUCUAGUAAACAGAGACACUUUGAUUAGGCUGUUCAUUUUUGACACUUAAGCUAUCGUGAUCACUGCAAGAAGAAUUGUACGAUUCCACUUGUUCCAUCAAUUUUCAAUCUGUUAUGGUGUGCUUUAUAUUAUUGGCAUUUGUCUUUUUUUCUUUUUUUUCUGAAGUAAAGGUUUUGUUUAGUGACCUAAUAAAUGAUUAAGUUCGUUUGAUAAUUUGACCCUUAACAAACUCACACAUUCAAAAUGUGCACAAAGUUUGUAAAUCUUUUUCAAUUCUAUUCUUUUCGUUUUAAUAUUUGUGGGGUACACUAGAUAUUUUUCUUUUUUUUUAAAUGAUGAUUACGCCAACAGAAGCCAAGAUAAGCUCAAUUAAAUGGAUGUUUUAAAUGCUAUGAUGAAAUGUUAGAUACAUUUUGCUAUGUUUAUGAAUGUGAAUUGAAAUCCACGCAAGCCUCUCAUCUGACUCUCAGUGGAAUAGACAGAUUGAAGCUUUCUUUUUUUUUUUGGCUGACAACCAUUAGUCAACCCUCCGCCAAA